AUGGCAACAUCAAGGAGGGACCCUCAGCAGAAUGCUAGAGUCAACCGGGGCAUUCAGAAUAUGUCCCCAGGGCUCAAACCCAGGCAGCAAAAUCACCAUCCACCAUGCAGAAGAGUAAUAAUCUCUACAAGGCCUGGUAUUGAGAAGGCAGCAGCAUCUUCUGUAAAGCCAAAUCUCAGAAAACAACCGCAGGGACCUCUUGGAGCUGGAAAAACUCAAGCUGCAUCUUCCACUCGUGCUCCUGGCGCUAUAACAAAGAAAAGAAUGGGAGCCGAGAAAUAUGUCUCUAUCCAGAGGACAACAAGUGUGCCGGCGAGACAAAAAGAGACACCAAAAAUCGAGGAACAAGAUGCUGAGCUGUUGAUGGAAUUUGAUGAGACAGAGAGCAUAAGCACCUCUUCCAUAGAGGAGCACUUGCAUGAACGGCUCCCUGACCCUGUUGAUCUGAAAUCUGUGGAUCUCAAUAGCAAGACAUCCUCUAGUCUGGAGGAAUACAAGAAUCAAGAGAACACAGGGGACAUUUUGGAGGAGAAACAUGAUGGAAAGGACAAUGAAGACCUGAGCACAGGUGACAGGGCUUAUAUUGGAAACAGUGAUAUAAACAUCCCGAAAGAAGCAGUUGAUGAAUCUGAAUCGGAGGAAGCUGUUGAUGAAACUGGGUUGAAGCAAGAUGUCUGUGCAACUGAGCUAAAUGAAACUGUUGAUCAGACCAAACUAAACGAAGCUGCCAGUGAAACUGAAUCAAAGGAAGCUAAUGAUGAAGCCAAGCUAAAGCAAGUUGAUUGUGAAACUGCAUUAAAAGAAGCUGCUAGUGGAACUGAGUUAAGGGAUGCUGUUAUUGAACAUGAACUGAUUGCACAAGAAAAGGCCAAAACUAAGGAGAAGAUAAUGCAGCCAACGAAGACCGUGGAAUUGGCACAGAAGUGGAGGAAGGAUGAAGGGAGGAGCAAUGAAGCUACAGAGGAGGGCAGGAGCAAGCCUAUCCAGGAAAGGAAGAACAAGGUAAUGGCCUUGGUGGGGAGAUUUGAGACUGCCAUGUCUGGCUGA